CUAGUCCUUUUGGUGCAACUCCCAUGAGAAUAGCGUAAUGGCACUGGAUAAGCAGGACGGCUAGGGCGGAAUGGACUUAUUUGCCAUUUCCUCCUUCCCCACCCCGACGCAACCUGAGCGAGGGUCUCCUCCAUCCACAACAACAGAGCUCCUCCUCCAUCGCUAGUUUCUCUGCUUACCACCAGGAGAUCGUUACGCUGGACGUAUUCUCCUGCACCUAUCUGUUCUCUCUACAAGAAGAUGAUAAUAGAAAUGUGAUUAUUGAGGAGCGAGUGGAAAUUUUUUACAAAGUAUUGGUCCAUUGCACAAAGAAUUGAAGCAUUCAAGUGAGCUUUUUUUGGGUCAGGUGAAACAAUAACUAGGUAUGUCCAUCGACUGUUGAAAGCAGUUCUUCAUCUGUAAGAUAGAUUACUUGUAACAUCAGAUUCAGUUCCAGAGAAUUGCAAUAAUGAGAGAUGGAGGUGGUUUAAGGCUGAUGAAGACACUGAUGGAUAGGGUUUAGCCCCCUUACCUCUGCAAGUCUCAUCAUCUUUCUUGGAGGAGACAGCUUUGGAAUUCAGAAUUAGAAAAAAAUGGCAGGGGGACAAUCUGAAAAGGAAGAUAAAGUUUCAUUGGAGCUGACUGAGGAAAUCCUUCAAAGUAUGGAAGUAGGCAUGGCUUUUAGAGAUUAUAAUGGUAGAAUCAGUUCAAUGGAUUUUCAUAGAACAUCAAAUUUUUUGGUGACCGCCAGUGAUGAUGAGUCUAUUCGUCUCUAUGAUGUCGCCAAUGCAACUUGUUCGAAGACAAUUAAUAGUAAGAAGUAUGGUGUUGAUCUGGUUUGCUUCACUUCGCAUCCUACAACUGUUAUAUACUCCUCCAAGAAUGGUUGGGAUGAAUCGCUUCGGCUUCUCUCAUUGCAUGACAACAAGUACUUGCGGUAUUUUAAAGGUCACCAUGACAGGGUUGUCUCACUUAGUUUGUGCUCUCGAAAAGAAUGCUUCAUCUCUGGCUCCCUUGAUCGUACUGUUUUGCUUUGGGAUCAACGGGCUGAGAAAUGUCAGGGUCUUUUACAUGUACAAGGAAGGCCUGCUACAGCUUAUGAUGACCAAGGUCUUGUCUUUGCAAUUGCCUUUGGAGGAUACAUCAGAAUGUUUGAUGCUCGCAAGUAUGAAAAGGGUCCUUUUGACAUAUUUCCGGUUGGAGGAGAUUUUUCUGAUGCAAAUGUUGUUAAGUUCAGUAAUGAUGGGAGACUUAUGCUUUUGACAACCAUGGAUGGACAUAUUCAUUUACUUGAUUCAUUUCGUGGCACACUUUUAUCCACAUACAAUGUAAAACCAGUUUCAAGUGAUUCAACUUUAGAAGCAUCCUUCAGCCCAGAAGGAAUGUUUGUUAUAUCAGGUUCAGGUGAUGGAAGUGUCUAUGUUUGGAGUGUUCGAAGUGGCAAAGAAGUUGCAAGUUGGUUGAGUACAGAAACCGACCCUCCCCUCAUAAAAUGGGCUCCAGGAAAUCUUAUGUUUGUAACUGGCUCUUCUGAACUUUCAUUUUGGAUUCCAGAUCUGUCUAAAUUGGGAGCGUAUGUGGGAAGAAAGUAGAAUACCCACAGAAAAAAUGUUUGUAAUUUUGUUAAGGAAGUAAUAAUGAAAAGACGGGUGCAUGCACUCUGGACAAUGGGUUAUCCCUAUUAUAUAGAGAAGUUGCUGGGAAUGGUUGUGGAUACACUAGCUGUUUUCUAUCCUGGGUACUGCAUAUUUUUCAUAGAACUGGCUCUAAUGAGAUGACCUGUAGUUCAGGUACCAAAAAUGUAAUAUUCUAUAGCUUGAGAUCUUUUAGUUUUAUGUAGUUGUGGAUAAAUGCAUUGUUUAGACCCAUUUUUUGCCACUAUGUCAUCUGCAAAUAUUUUAUAUAUUAUUAUUUUGGUCUGGUUAAGUUAUAUUGGUCUGAAUCUAAGGUGUACUAGUAAUGAUAUGCUUCUUACUCUACUCGGCAUUUUACUAAUCAUAAGCCUUGAUCCACAUUUUGUAAGCUUAUGAAGCUUUGUAUUUGUUAGUGAGCAGCUUACUUCAGUCUCUAGUACACGGCAGAAGUAUCAUGAGUUUGGUAAUUAGUGGCAUGGUUUAGUUAUCGAACACUGACACAUAUAUCGAUAAAUCUUUGGAGACAUUUUGCAACUCAAGCACUCAAUGAGGUCUUCUGUUAGCUAACCAAAUAUUUUGUGUGGUAUAGGGGCCAUAGAAUCAAAUUAUAGGGCCUGUCCAGUUGUGAAGAACAGUUCUUAUUUUGUGUUUCCAUUCUUCCAAAGAAUAUUGCUUUUCCACAACCAAACAGGCCCAUAUAUUUUUCUGAUUUUUUUAUUCAUUACAUGAGGACAUGCUGUCCCAAAUGAAAAAACAAAGAGUAUGGAUGACUCAUUAAUAUCUAAAUAUCAUUUCGCAUGAAAAUUAUGAUGUGUGUCUGUGCGUGCGUGUGAGUGGGUGUGUGGCAUGGUAUUAAAUAACGGGUAAUGGAAAAUCAUUUCUCCGAUUCCGUUACAGGCCACAUUAGCGGUGAGCAGAAAAUUCACAUGCGUAACAGCCGUUACACUAACAUUACAGCCUGUAACGUCCAUUACGACACGUUACAGCCGACAGCCCCUUACACUACUGUGUACCUUCCUUAUCUCCUCGAAUCUGCUCCAUUUUGUGUCUUUCCCCAUUGUCUAGCUCCUCAUUUGAAGCCUCCAAAGAAACGAAAAGCAGCUUCGAAGCGUCGAUUUGUUGUGCUGUUCCCUCUUUCACUCUUCGUCUCUUUCGUACAGCUUCAAUCUACUGAUCUGAAGCUUCAAAAUCCCCAAAAUCAGCUUCGAUUUUUGCCUUGAAGGUGUUCUUCACUGUUCGCAGCCAUCGCAGGUCAGCUGAAUGGCAUUUCAUCUUGAAGGUGUUUCAAUUUUUCCCUCUUCAUCAGUUAGUCUCCUUCGUCCAGCAUAAGAACCCAAAAAUCAGCUUCCAAUCUUCGAUUUGUCGCUUGAAGGAGCUGUGCUCUGCAGGUCGCCUCCAUUCGCAGGCUCGCAAUCGCAGCUCCAAAAAUAAGCUUUGAAGCCUUCGAUUCCCCCAAAUUUUGGAGGCUUGCAGGUUGCAGCUCUCUCGCAGCUUCGGUGGGGACUUGGGAGUGGGUAUGUUUCUUCAGUUCUUCUACUUCAUUGGUUAAAUGUUAUUGUAAAUUAUCAAUUUAUUCUAAAUUAAUAAUUUAGUUUAUUUUAUAAUUUCAGUUUAUAUUUAUUAUUUAAUUAGUAUGCAAAUUUGUAAAGGAUUAUAUAAGUAGAAUUUAUUAAUUAAAAUAAAAAAAAUAGUAUAAAAUUAUUAAAACAUAAAAUUUAUAGAGUUACUUAGAGAGUUAGAGUACAGAUUUAGUAAAAAAUAUUAAUUAAUGUUCUACAUAUUUAUUUAUUUUAAAUACCUUGACGAUUAAUAAUUUAAUAUUAUAUCUAAAAUUUAUAAUAAAUUCUAAUUUCUACACAAUUAGUCGAGUCUCAAGUGACUGAGUACACUACCAUUUAAAUAAUUAAUUUGUAAGAUUUACAAUUCCAUAUUUAUUUUUUCAAUUGUAAAUUUUAAUAUAAAUUAUUGUAUUGUAAUAUAAAUUAUUCAGUCUAUUGACUCAUUUUUAGUAACUUUAUGUUUUUAAUUAAUUGAUUCUUCAUUUUAAUUACAUUUCUAUAUCUUUUUUACCCAUUAAACUAAUGCAAACUUUUAAAAAAUGUCUUUUUUAUAAACAGCGCACUAAAAUUAAUAUAAAAAUAAUAAUGCCUAUUAAAAAACAUUUGUAGGUUGAAAGAAAGUUGUCAAAAUUCAUUAAAAAUCAUGCAUUAAUGGAUUUCAUGCUUAUUUUUUGAUUUUGGCGUGGUUGUGCAUGAGUGAAAAAAAUUCAAAACCGUUACGCUCGCUUCCUGUUACAUAACACUUGCGUCUCCUGUGUCCUGCGACACCCACGACCGUUACGUGACGUUACCCACGAUUUCGAACCAUGGUGUGUGGCACAUGUACUAUAUAACUAAAAAGGUUAGGAAUGCAAAUUCUUGGCACUCGACUAAAUCUGUAUGAGCAGUGCAGUGCCAAGUGCAUCAAGUGUUGGUCUUUUUCAAGUCCCGGUGUGAAUAGACAUUUUACUGAAAUGUUUGGGACAUAUUAACCCCUUGCAGUAGGACCUAUGGCUAUGAAAGGAAUGGAUAGAGUGCAAUAGAUGUAAAGGAACCCUCCUAGUUUCUUUAUCUAUUGGUGCCAUGACUUUCAUUCAAUUUCUUACAUAUUGUCUUUAGAAUUCUUUCUUCGGAAGUUAAUUGUGUCACAGUUCUAUGAUUAUGGCAAUAAACCUUCAUAAUUAUGGUGAAUCCAUUGAACCAAUAUAAUUUGCAAUGUCAGGAAGCCUGAGUAUGACCUGCAGCAUUAGCCUAUCAUUAAGAAUGCAGCAUAUAAUGACAUACAUUUAACUAAAAUGAAUGGUAAUCAAAAUGUGUGCUUGACCUAAUGCCUUAGAUUUAGGGGAAAAAAUAACUUGGUCUGACUUAUGAUCACCGCUAGAAUGUUUGUUUGAUAUAGAUGUCAUUUACUACUAGUUAGUAUUAAGAAAGGAGGUAAAAGACUCAGGUUAAAUCAUGUGUUUUUCUGACUCUUGUUGUUUUGAACGAACCUAAUGUUUUUCUACUUCUAAGAAAGGUUGGAUUGCAGGGAUCCAUUCAGGUGAGGAAAUGGACUAGCUAUCUGCUUGUUGUAGCUUUAGUGCUUUGAUGGAAGAAAGAAGAAGGGACUGCAAAGAAGAAUGGCUAGUCUUUUGACGUGAGUUGCUUUAAGGCAUGACAUCUUCUGAGUUCCUUGCUUACUUUGCUGCAUUAACUUUUGAAAUGAUCCCAUAUUAGUUUAGGAGGAGGAUUGUAGCCUACCGUUUGAUGGAUCUGCUUCUAGUCCAGCUGGUGUACUGAGAAUUAGAUCAAUUCCUUGGGUGGUGCAUUGUUUUGAAAUGUUACGUGGGAAUGCUGUCCAAAUUAGAUACAGGAAACCUAUAUGAUGGAAUAACUCUCAAAUGUUUUGUAAGUGAGACAGUUAACAUGUUGGGGGUCUCAAUCCUCAAUAUUGACGUGAUGGUUGGUGCGGUGUAUGUGUGUCGUAUUAUAUUGCCACCACAAAUUGUUCUGAGAUUUGUUGAAUGGAAUUGAACAAAAUGUAAGCCUUAUUAUUGAGGUCA